AUAAGACUUCUAUAAAUGAUUACCAUUACAUUCUCCUCUCAAAUAGAUUCCUUGGCUGAGCCGGAUGUAACUGUGCCGGAGCUCAGGGAGGGUGAGGAGGUGAAUCUGACCUGCACUGCUCCAGCUCCCUGCCCCAGUCACCCUCCAAAUGUAAACUGGGCUCCUGCAUUAGGUGGUGAUGUAACACAGAUGAAUGCUGAUGGGACUCAGAGUGUUUCUGCCAUCUUGAAAUUCAUCCCCUCGUUCUACCACCAUGAGCUGAAAGUGAACUGUGUUUCCAUUCAUCCUCUACACAGAGAUGACAGACCCCUGCUCAGCCACAAGACCGUCAUCCUCAGUGUCGAGUAUCCUCCAAAGAAAACAUGGAUCUCUGUCUCAGGCUCGGUCUGGCUUGGUAAUAAUGUGACCCUCACCUGUCAAAGUAAUGCCAACCCUCCUGCGGACCACAGGUGGUUCCUGAAGAGAGCAGGUGUAGAGGAAGAACUGAGUGUCUCACAUGUGUUUUCCUUCACUGCCACCCAAAAUAACACUGGGGAAUACAUUUGUGAGGCAAAGAAUCGAUAUGGUACAAUGAACUCCACAAACCUGCAGAUCACUGUCCCAGGCAUAUCCUUCACUUCCUUCCUCUCCAUUUUGGCAGUUUUAUUAUUGCUUAUAUUUGCACUUCUUAUUCUUAUGAUUUACAGAAGAUAUAAAGAACCAGUCAGAAGUAAUGGGAAUUCUCCAAUACCUCAUCACUGAGGGACUUCUGCUUUCCUGUCUCAAAAUUCUGUAACAAAAGGGAUAUUUGGAAUUUUUAAAGGAACAGAAGAACUGAUGGUUGAUUUGAUCAAGGACUGUAAGCAGACGUGUGACAUCGGGGGUCUGUUAAUUGUCACACCUUCAGUGGGUGAAGCUGUGCUAUGCUGAUCUGUCAGUUUGAAUGUCUCACAUUUGGGUUUUAGUCACAUGGUCAAGAAGUGAUAGGCCUAUAAGAAGCCUGUAACUGUUGCUUUGUCUCUUUUCUUGCCUGGCAAUCUCUCUUCGCUGGGGCUCUGCUCUCCCCCAUUCUCUCUCUCUCUCUCUCUCUCUCUCUCUCAGGUAACAUAUCACAUAUAUGAUGCAUACUAUAUAUGUUUUAGCAUUUAUUUUGUAAUCAAAUCAAGUUCAACCAUAAAUUAUUUUAUGAAGAGUUGACUACUGAAGAGUAGAGACUGUUAGGUUGACGAUUGGCUGAAAACCUUUAAGACUGUAACAUAUGUUACUUCAUGUAAAAAAGUGGUGAAUGUGAACUCUUCAGCACAGUGAUAGUUUUUGUACAUGCAGGUGUGCUUGUGCUAUCUUGUCUAGCAAUAUCCUAUAUGAAAUAUGUAUAAUGUAAAUAAUUACAAAAUUUAAGAAAUAUAUAUAAUUCAAUAUAUUUCUAUGUGUAUGCACUUCAUAGAAAGUGUUACAGUAUUUUUAUCCAGUUUUUAUCCUGUUUUGUUUUAUUUUGUUUUACCCAAUAAAA